AUGAAGAUCAGUUCCGUCGUUUCCUUCCUCGCCGUCGCUGUCGCCGCCGCGCAGGCAUGCGGCUACUGCCAGUGCCAGUACUCUGAUGGCAGCCACUGCUGUGUAGCGCACGGCAACGGCAAGACAUGCGACGAGGUGUGUAACGGUGCCGCCUACGGCGUCACCCUCGGCAGAGAAAAGUUGUACUGCAAUGCUGCGGGCGCUUCUAACCGCAUCCCAUGGUCUUCUUACCAAGAUCGGAAACAAUGCAUCUAA